CAUUCAAUAAAAUUCCCCUCAGUCUCAUGAGGAAUCCCCAAUUGGGAAGAUGUUGCAGCACGUGCAUCAGCAGCUAUCAAUAGCACUUGUCGUGACAAUUGUGAUAAUCAAUGUCUUGGCCAGUACGAGUGGAUCAAUGACACGCGAUCGAUUCACGCGGAAGAGUGACAAUAGGCACAAAUUUAUCUCAUUUGAUACAGACGAGGAGACCAUUGAGGUGAGUCAUUGUUGUCGCCUAAAAUGCAGCACACAACAUUGUGGCCAAUUUGUCUUUCAACAUCUCUCUUGUGAUGCAUUCCACACAUGCGGAUUCUCUUGCCUGAUGCACGACGGACCCCCAGAUGGCCGCUGAGUUCUCCGUGCCAUUCCUUCAAAUACCAAAAUCACUCGGAAAGUUCUCCUCGUCGCUUGCGAGGGGAGAAAAUCCGGCAAUUAUCAAUUUCGGCGCUCUUAUCCUUUUGGCCGUUAUUGCCCUCAUUGGCUCAGUAAUUGGCUCACUGCGAGCACCUGGAAUGUCUCUGGAUUCAUCAGGGCUGACGUCAUUGUUCAAGACAGACGCGGACAAUGAAAUGGAACCCAGCAACUGGGUGUGGACAUCGCUGAAGGAUUCAAUGAUGCACGAAGAUGGGCUACUCAAUGACUGUGCACAGAAAUUUAUCUGCCUCACAGCUAGUGAGGCAAUUGAGCGUCGCCGGAAGGGUGGGAAUACGCAGCUGGACAACCUCAUUGAGGAGGUUGGGCGAAGGGUGCAUGUGGGGGAUGUUAAAUUGGGUGGAAGUGUGGCAAAGGCCAUCAAUCGUGCAUUCAGUGGCGGUGGAUGUGGGGGGUUUUUCAGGACAUGCUCCAUGAAGAUCAAUCCACUACAGCACUAUCUCAUUUAAUAUGUGUUGCAUAGAGUGCAAUAGAAUGUGCC